CUGGGGUCUAACUGCGGCUGAUAGAUCUCAUCCAAAACCAUAUUUCCAAUCUCGAACCCUGCCCACACUCCUUGGUAACAGAUACGAGCUUCUGCAGAUUGAUACCCCUCAUCUCUCCUCAUGGACAUCCAAGAAAUCCGAGAACCAGAGGCACAAUCCCUCGGUACCAAGAAAAAGCGAAAGAGCCUUGCAAAGGUCAGAACAGGGUGUAAAACCUGCAAAAUCCGAAGAGUAAAAUGCGACGAAACUCGUCCCGUCUGUCAACGCUGCCUCAAAUGGGGCGGAGCCUCUAUUUGCGACGGCUACGAAGACCUCGUCCCCACGAGGACCUUCCGAGCCGUCGACCUCAAAGCUGCUCACCGUCCACUUCUCCCCAACCCAAAACCGCUGUGUCGGAGUCCGAAUGUCCAGAAAUUUGACAGUGAUGAAGAAUAUAGUUUCUUCCAGCGGUUCUGUGUCGAGAGUACGGUGCAGCUUUCGGGAUCGCGGUAUUCGGAGUUGUGGAAUCGGGUCGUGCUUCAAGGAAGCGAGAUGGAGGCUUGUGUGAGACAUGCUGUGGUUGCUAUUGGUGCUUUGGAUUUUCAUAAGCUGUCGCAUGGGGGAACGGAUUUGCAGAGUAUUCAUCGUGAGUUUACGUUUCGAGAGUAUGGGGCUUUGACGGCAGUUGGGAUGAUGAAUGCUAGUCCGUGGUCGAAAAAGGUGAGUGAUGAAGAUAGGAUGGGAAGGAAGAUUGCGUACGAGGAGUAUGGGAAGGCGAUUAAAUGUUUGAGGAAAGCUGUUAUGGAGAAGAGGAGUGAUAUUAUGACGAGGUUAACUUCGUGCUUGCUGUUCAUCUUGUUUGAGGUUUAUCACGGGAAUAAUGAAAGUGCGGCAGCUCAGACUCACGCUGGAAUCAAGAUGAUGGAGGAACAUUCGAAACAAAGAAGUGAAUGGACCCCGAGUCUGGGGACUAUCAGACCACCACCGAUCGAUAGGGAGAUCGUCGAGACUUUUGCGUUGCUGGAGAUCCAAGCGACAGGCUGGUCCGACAACAAUAGACCUGAUAUGCACCUGGCAAAGAUCUAUGCCGGAGAAGCCAUUGAAGACAUACCAUACGAGUUCAAGACUCUCAAGCAUGCCGCUUUCGUACUGUCGACGAUAAUGCUAAGAGGCGCUCACCUGAGAUUCGUAAGAAGGACGCCCCCAUACAUUGCGCCAGAGGAGAUAGUCACUGCUCUGACAACAUUAGAACCGGUGUAUACUGUUGGGCCCGAACAUGCAGAAUUCUGUAACGUUCUCAACCGGUUCCAACAAUGGAAAGCUGCUUUCGAACCACUUUUCCGGAGAGCAAGAACUGAGUCUGGGAAGCAUUUGAAGAAAGGAGCAAUCACCUUGAAGAUCCAUUAUCUAUCAAGUUAUCUCUGGACAGCGUCUGGAGCGCCUUUACCGGAGAUGUAUUAUCGACGGCAUACCAAAGAGUUGGUAUUAUCGCCACAGGAAGGUCAGACAGGAAGUCAUAGCAAUAUUCAAGAUCUUGCCCAAGAGAGACGGCUUGUGGGACGCAAGUUUGCUUGGCAAAAUCUUUGAAUGGAUGGUGGAAUUAGAAGAAGAGGGCAUGACCGAGGGAGAUUAUGUGCCGAUCCAUAAUAUUGCGAAUGUCACCAAUUUACAGAUAGAUGCGCCUAAUAGAACAGCGUUCGUUGAGGCUGUUCAAGCCGAAGGAGGCGAGAUGGUGACAAGAAGCAAAACACUAAAC